AUGGUGGGAAUUAAUGAUCAUAGAAUGAUAAGGAUAAAUAAUAAAGGAAAGGAGAGAGAAGUUCUGGUCAACGAUGUUCAAAGUAACCUUCGACCCCGUGAAAUCAUUCCCCUCGUCCUUCCGACGAGCGCCCGAUCCAACGGUCACUGGAUCUCAAUCGCCGAGGCCGUAUCCAAUAACCUAAAACGUUCAAAUGAAAACUUGCCAUAUUACAUGUUACCGGUGCUAGGCGUGUUACCCUCGGUUCAUCACGUCUACGCCGAGUGGUAUUACGGAUUAGACAAGAACCCUCCGAUCGAAUUGAUGCUCAAAACUUUCGGUAGUAGAUGGAGGGACGAUAACAGAGCAAGAUUGGCGCGCCGAAAUUUUCUGAUCGAGGAGAUCAAGAUGCGGGAAUCCGACGGAUUCACCACGGCCGAGGUUUUGGUAUUGCUGGAUAUGUUGAAGGGAAAGGAUAGAUUAAACAGGUUGGUGGAUGUUAAACUGUUAAAUCGCCCGAGAUGA